UACAACAGCAGCGUGAGGCUUAGAACGCCACUGACCGCUUAGCACAAAACACGCGCACGAGCUCGACAAAAAACAAAAAAAAAAAAACAACGAAAAAAAGCGAAUAAAAAACUUGAAAAACAACAGACGACGAGAAAAAAAAAUCGCGGACGAUAAAAGUCGCCAGCGGCCUAAAACGCGCUCAUUGCGUGUGUUGUUUCCGUAACGGUAAAUUGGCUAGCAGAGCAGCCAAAAAGUGUGAGCUAGAGCUAUCAACACAGCAGCAGCAGGACGAGAAGCAGGACGAACGAAAUGCGUCAGGCAUUUGCUGGAUUAAUUGUCUGCUGGUUGGCAGUUUGUCAACCGCAAGCUGACGCGCAAUUCUUUGGUGGUGCACCCUUCGGUGGCGCCUACUAUGGCGCACCACAGGGCGGCGCUGGGUUUGGGCCACGCCAGGGCUCCGUCUCGAGGGCGAACACAAACGCGUACGAGCGCCAAGUGGACUUGGGCAACAACAUUGGGCUGACGCAGGGUCUGUCCAACUCGCGGGCCGUGACCCGCCAGAACGGACAGCGCGUUGUGGCGAACAGUCAGGCGGCGACGCGCGGCAUUGACUUGGGCGGUCUGCAGAUCGGCAAUACGCUGACCAGGACACGCACCAAUGCCAACGGCGCCGUGUCCGGCGGCAUUGCCAAUCAGCUGCGCGUGGGCAAUCUUGGCCUGGGCGCCUCGCUCUCGCCGGAUAACCUGAGGCAGGGCUUUGGGCUGCAGCGCGGCGCCGAUGGCAACGCGCGCUUGGGCUUGGGUCUGAUCAGUCUCGAUCUGGACCGCAAUGCGCAGCAGCAGCAGCAGCAGCAGGCGGCGGGUCAGGCGCAGGUGAAUGCGCAAGGACACGGCGCGCGCGCCAACUCGAACAGCAACAGUCAGGUGAACCAGCGUCAAUAUGGCGGCGUCAAUGUGCGCGAGACCAUCAGCAACUCGAAUGCGUUUGGCGCCACGCGCCACGGACAAACUUCGGCCAAUGCCGGCGGCUUCGGCGGCAACGCGGCGACGCAUCCAAAUUCGCUGCCACGUUAUAGACGCGCCCAGCAGCAUCUGCGUCCCAAGCGUCGCGCGCAGUUUGUGCCCUUUGGGUAUUAUCCUCAGCCUGGAGGCUUUGGCGGCGGCUUUGCUCAGCCCAACUUUGGCUUUGGCGGCUUCGAGGCGGACCGUCCACGUCGCCAGUUCCAGCGUCAGCGCCAGCAAGUGCAGGCCGGCGGCAGUGCCAAUGCCAAGGGUCGUCCCGGGUUCAACCAGCAGGCGGCGAGCAACAACUUUGCCAACAGCAAUCCCUUCGGCUUCGAUGCCGGCAGCAGCAGCAUUGGCAGCAAUCUCGCCCAGGACGGCAGCCGCGGCCAGCUGAGCUCCGCCAACACCAAUCAGCAGGGCAGCUUCAAUGCCAACGGCUUCCAGACCUCCAAUGGCGCCCAGAGCCAGGCGCUCAACUUCCGCCCGGGCCAGCAGCAGGCGAGCAGCAGCAACGCCAACACCAAGGAGGAGCGCAACGGCAAUCGCCACACCAUUGGCUCCAACAGCGGCUCCACCGCGACCAACAACAAUCAGUUCGGCAGCAGCUCCAACAUCGCCAACACCGACACUUCGGUGGUGCGCGAUGGCAACGGCCAGAUCGUCAACUCCGGCGCCAACAGUCAGUCCAUCUUCCAGGGCAACAAUGGCCUGGGCGAUGCUAGCGCCUUAACCAAUGCCAACAUCAACUCCCAGACCGGUCCCAAUGGCUUUGUCAGCAACUCGGCCUCGAGCAGCGCCAGCGCCACCGCCACCAACGGCCAAUCGGCCAAUGCUAAUGCCAAUGCCAAUGCUGGCGGUGGCUUCAAUGGCGGCAAUGCGGGCGCCAAUGCCGCUGGCGGUGGUGGCGGCUUCGGUGGUGCCAAUGCGGGCAGCAAUGUCUCGGGUGGCGCCGGCCCCCAAAGACGUCGCGGUUAGUCCUUCUCUCUUCUACCACCUGCACCACUUUGAAGUUCACUUUUUGUUUUUUUUUUUUUGAGCUCAC